AUGUCAGUCAAGAAUGUGGCUGAAAUAAAACUCGACAUAGAAAAGUCCGUUAAACGAGAAGGCACGUUCGACGUUGUUAGGAAGCAAGGGUUCGCUAUUGUCAACUCUGACGGUUUCCUAGAUUCGUUGCAGAAGAAGGUUGCCGUGAUAUCGGAACAUGAACGUUUGUCGAAGGACGACUUCAGGCGUAUGAUCAGACAUCAUCUUCGCACCAAAGGUACAUGCCGAAAUCACCGAAAAGUGACUCUUACGAGUGGAUCGCAAAUGGUUGAAAAAGCACUCAUGGUAGACUCCGUGAUGGAAGGCAAAGUGUCCGUAGAUUCCUUCAAUUUCGGUCCGUUCGUCAGCUCGGGAGGUUCUGAUCGUGAUUCUAGUAGUGACAUGAUUGAAAGCGAUAACUCAUGCUCGGACAUGUCUGUUUCGGAUAUGGCAUCCGAGAUUUCAUUUGUUGAUGUGAUGAACUAG